AUGAACUCGCCGGAUACACCUUCGUCCAGCUGGACUGGCAAUUGGAGUGGUUCGCUCAAAACCUAUCCAUUGAAUGUAACCGGUUCUGGCUGGAACGUGGCAAUGGAAAUCGGACCGUAUCCAACGACCGACGGAGAGUGUACCAUCUGGCGGACCACUUAUUCAGAAAAUGGGACUCUUCAAGCACUCAAGGCCUAUCGUUUGUGUCGGGGACGCGGUGCUGAUGAUCUGUAUAUCGAUGAGGAUAAUGAUGUGAAGAUCAAGGCACAAUGGAUCAACAACGCGCUGGUGUCAGCGUUCAAGUAUAAGGGUGUAAUUCUUUUCACUAAUAUGCGAAUGCUUGGAGAUAUCCUUGAAGAAGAAAUGUUGACGGUCGAUGAUAAGCCUGCUAUUGAAGACGCCGUUCAGUCGAUGCCGGCACUCAGCAUUCACAUCAACACAAUGAGGCGCGUCGGAACAGGCACGAGUGGCGCGAAUAAAAGCGGUAUAAGAAAUAUUCUUUUUUAUAUGUUCUGGAUGAGAACUGUCAUAUGGUAA